AUGGUGCCUUCAUUUGAAGCAAUUUUUGAGCAUAAUACGUACCAACCUUACGAAUGUUUGCCGCAGUCAGCGAGCCCUGUGGUGCCUGUCAGUGCUACGCUCUUAUCCAAGAAAACUCUCCUUUUUAUUGCAAUAUGUGUAGCUGUUGGUGUUGCACAAGUAUCCAAACAAGCAAUAGAUGUUCUUCACCAACUAGGCUUUGUGAAAGAUGCUCAACAGCCUUCAGAGACGACAGCGCCCUCAACGUCAUCUCCGCUACCUCAGGGUGUUCGUCUGACCGUAUCGGGAGCUGUACUAACCAGCGAUGCCCAUAUUGAGUCCCCCGUCACUCAAGUCAUACCAUCAAACCUGGGGCAUCAGUUCACCAUAUUGGUUGGGUUGUACUCUUACAGAGUAAAUAAUGCUUUCCUUUUCAGUAUUAGGAGCAGAAGUAGACUGCAGUUUGGUGUCCAGCUGCUACCGAGAAAGGUAGCGGUGUACACUGGAGGGAAGCAGUCCGUGUACUUUGAUUACAGUGUUCAUAAUGAACAGUGGCAUUCCUUUGCCAUUGACAUUAGAGACAAGACUGUCUCGCUGUUUGCUGAGUGCGGAAAGAAGUGCUAUAGCAGGGAAGUACUUUCUGAAGUGGAGACCUUUGAUUUGGAUGGUUUAUUUACCCUGGGAAGGAUGAACUCUCACUCUGUCAGCUUUGAAGGCGUUAUAUGUCAGCUAGAUAUUAUUCCCUCUGCAGAAGCCUCUGCAAACUACUGUAAAUAUGUGAAACAGCAGUGUCGCCAGGCUGAAACCUAUCGAUCCCUGCUAGGAGCUCCACGUGUGUUAGAUGGGAUGGAUGUUUUUUCAAUGAUGAUGACUGAUGAGAAAAACGAGUCAGAAAACGUAUCAGCUUAUAGAAGGAAAGAAACAUCAAACGUUCCUGUUAGUAAUGUUGCUCAGAUUCAUUUUCUCUCAGAACCCUUGGAGUCAAGAAAUGUCUCUGCAUCGGAGUUUCCAGAGGCCAAACCUCUGCUGCUGGAAGCUUGGCCUGAAACAGAACUCCAGGAGAACGUCAGUCUUUCUCUUCAUCAGCAGGAGGCGAGCAAAGAAGGAAAUGUGACUACAAACCCCACAGGAUCAUAUCCAAAUGCUUUAGAUAAUACCACAGAUGAUGCAGGCAGACAAAGCGAGCCUCCUCUGGUCUCUUCUGUAAAAGAGAGUAAAGCUAAAAGCAAGGGAAUGGACAAAGCAAAGCAGCGUUCAGAUGACCCAAGCAAAAAGCUGCAAGUCUUAAACACAACCCUGUACAGCUUGUCUGCUGACCUCUCUCUGGAUAAUCAGCCUGGUCCAGGGCAGGAAGGUGCACUUGAUGCUGAUGAGAUUUAUCACACAGCAAACAGUUAUGACAUUGGUGUUGAUAAUUAUGCCUAUGACUAUGAAGAUCUUGACAAAAUGUUUGAAUUGGGAAGUGUCAGAGGUCCAAAGGGGGAAACUGGACCUCCUGGUCCUCCAGGUCCUCCAGGUUUACCUGGUCCGUCAGGAAAGAGAGGUCCUCGGGGUAUUCCAGGUCCACAUGGUAAUCCAGGUUUGCCGGGAUUGCCAGGUCCAAAGGGUUUUCCAGGAGAUAUUGGUGUACCUGGAUUAAAUGGCCCUGAAGGUCCUAAG